AUGUUUCAUUUAUACAUUGUUCAAUUUUUCAUAUCACAGGAAAGCGUGCAGAAGUGGUGGAAAUUGUGUAAAGAAAAACAGAUUCCAGUUUCCGAACAGUUUUCUCUGCUUGGAACACUAGGUGAUCCAGUGACAACAAGAACUUGGCAAAUUGCUGGCCUGCCGGUUGACAGGUAUACCACUGGGUAGUUUUAUGUUGCAUUAUACUAGAAACUCGUUAAUCUUGUCGUUUUGCCAGAGUCAUUUGAAUUUAUCCUUGUGGGAAAACUCGAGUUACCGUAUUCGACAAUUUGUCAUUCGUUAUAUCUUUCCUGUCUGACAUGCAAUUGGUAGCAAUUAUUAGUCGGGUUAAAAAACCUAAUACAGUAUAUGUAAUAUGGAAUCUCCGUUAUAUUAGAACAGUGACAGAACUAACUGAAUCAGCCAUCGAAGUUGAUAUAGAGACUGGGACCAACAAUUACUGUAAAAAGUAUCGUAAAAAACGAACUCAACCAUUGGAAUGAGCACGUCAACGUGGUAUAUAAGACUGCAUUUAAUAUGAAACUGAUACUUAUACUUUUUAAAAAUUGUGAAAAUUAUUAUACAUGCAUGCAUGUACAAAAUACAUUUUAUUGGGCGACGCGCGCGGUCUCCGAAACCUUUGGAUAUAUUUCGAAUUUUUUCAUUAAUAAUUAAUCUUAUUGUUUCUAGUUUUUCUGUUGACAAUGGUAUAAUCGUAACAAAUUCCCAAAGAUGGACGUUAAUGAUUGAUCCCCAGGGACAGGCAAACAACUGGAUAAAAAAUAUGGAGAAACCCAAUAAAUUGCAGGUCAGUGUGUUUAUACUGGACUGUUUUCUUAUAACUAUAACAUGCAUGCAGUAACAGUUUAGUCACUUUAUGCUUGUAAGAAAAGUUAUUGGCUUCCCGGAUUAAGUUGCGGCCAAGCUAUAUACACUAAAUACACACGUAUCUACAUGUGUAUAGUCUUUCAAUACACAAUUAUUUAUUAAUAAGCAAUUAUUAUUCUGUAUUUUAGACUAUCAAGUUGUCGGAUCCAAAUUACGUCAGGACCUUAGAGAAUUGCAUACAGGUAUAUGGUGUGUCUGAUUCAAACCUUUCAUUUGCAAAGGUAUUCAGAAAACUUUAACCGUGUUCUUAUACUGUAUAAUUCACAGCAUUUUUCAUCAUACGAUAUUUAGAAGAAGAUUCAAACAUCUUUAUUUAGUUCGGCACACCUGUUCUUCUGGAGAAUGUUGGCGAAGAAUUGGAUCCAGUCUUAGAACCGCUGCUUCUGAAACAAACAUUUAAACAAGUUAGUAUAUGCGCGUCAGUCUGUGCAAUUAAUUCGCAGUUAAUUCGCUUAUUUGAAUUCCAAAAAUAAGGACCUGACCGGAUUUCUAGUUCAUAUACAGAGUGUCCCCCCAAAGAAACAAAACUAUUGAAAUAACAUUUUGUUAGAAUUUGAAUGCCUCAGCACUCUGCUGAACCUACAAGUGCAUAGAAGCUUGACAAAAGUAAAUUUUAUGCACAAAGAAACUUUUUAAGAAGCUUUUACAAAGAUAUUUUAAUUUCUCAAUAUUUAAUAUAUGCACCCUGUCAAUAUUUUACGCAUCUUUGCGUUCAGCCUAGUACAUUAUUAUCAUUUUGCCUAAUAUAAUUAUUGUCAUGCAUGCAUGCAAGCUUAAGUAUGCAGUUUAAAUUUUAGUUCAUAAUUCUACAAUAUUUGUGUAUAGUCAACACCCACCAUAUAAAUAAUGUUACUACAAUAGCUAAACGUUAUUUUGUUGGAUAUUUAGGGAGGUGUGGAGUACUUGAAAAUGGGCGAAAAUAUCAUAGAGUUCAGUAAGGUAUGACAAAAUAUUUCGAGGAUUCAUAUUUGAUGAUAGUAAGUCAACGGCAUCCUAUUUUGUCAAAUGUUCAGUACAGAGUUACCGAUGUUUAAUGUUUUAAAUAUUAAGUUAAUUUAUUAUUAGCAUGACAAAAUUUCUGGAUGCUGAUUGGUUGAGAGGAGUACAAUUAUUUCAUUAAUUGUACUGCAGUACAAUUAAUGAUUUUUCCACAACAAACAAAAUGGCGGAAAGGUAUUUUAAACACAAGCGUGAAAUGAAAUUGCCCUAGAGGAUGAAAAUACGGACAAAGGCACCAAAUUUUGGUUGAAAAUCUGGCAGGACUGGGCUUUGGCGAGAGAAUAUAUGAUCUUAACAUUGAGAAGUAUCCAAUUUUGUCAUGCUAAUAAUAAACAAGUAAUCAUGCGAUGUUGCUCGUACAAUUAUGGAUUAAUAGUACUCGUGAUGUUUGGAAAUUUGCCAAAUUGGACUCGCUCCGGCGGCUCGUCCAAUUUUGGCAAAAUUUCCAAACAUCACUCGUACUAUUAAUCCCUAAUUGUACUCGCCAUCGCAUGAUUACCUAUACAAAUAAUUAAUUUAUUAAUUAAAUUAAUUAAUUGAUUCAGCAAAUGCGUUUACUACGAACACCAACAUGAAAUGAUUGAAUGCGUAAUAUCUCUUUAUUAAUAAUUAACUUGCUUUGAUCAAGACACAUGCAAGAAAACAAAAACAAAACAAAAAAAUCAAAAUUGAUCAGCUGUGUUUCGCGUUUAUAGGAUUUCAGAUUCUACAUAGCCACCAGACUACGAAAUCCGCAUUAUUUGCCAGAAGUCUCUGUGAAGGUAUGUUUAACACUUAAUUUUUUUAAUAUAAACAGAUUAUUUGAUGACCCUGCAACGUGUAUUAGGAUUUGUGCAUAUAAUUAUAAUUUAAUGCAUGAAGUUGAAAGUACUACAAGAAUGCAAGUGAUAUAAAACUACAUGGUUGAGCACAUCUAUAUAGGUCAACAAUAAUUCCUUAGAUGGGCUGUUAUUGGUUCCAUAGUAGACAGCCAUCACUUGACAAUAAAAAGUAAAAAAGAUUAAAGUUCACCCGUUUUGUAAUAUUAAAGGACUUUCUGAGUACUAUUGAUCAUAUCUUUCUAUUUGAUAACGUAUCCAAGUUUCGUACAAUCGGUCAUUUAUAUAUGAUAUUAAUCGAUUUUAUCAAAAUAUAUAGGUGACCCUUUUGAACUUUAUGAUCACUCCACUCGGGCUGGAAGAUCAGUUGCUGGGUCUUGUUGUGGCUAAAGAAAAGCCAGAACUCGAAGAAAAGAAAAAUAUGUUAAUUGUCGAGAGUGCCAGAAAUAAGAAACAGGUGAUUCAUCAGUUUUGGAUUGCGCACUUUUAGUGCGCAUAUCUAAUAACAAAUUCUAGCUAAUAUAUGUAGUCGAACUGCAAUGUAAAAUGAUAAAGAAAGAGUAAGGGCAAAGAGAAAAACACUCUGCAUUGAUUAGGCAUGCUUCAGGAAAUAUGCCUUCAAAAAUGACAGAGCUCUGGCUAGAGCGUCCUGUGCAACUAACACUUAACCACAUCAUGUUGCAUGUUUAACCCUUGUAUCUCUUUAAGAAGGUCCAUGACCUAUAUUUUUAUAUUUUUGCAUCACGACAAUGCACAUCAAUGGGUUUUGAUUCGCUAAAAUACCAUGGUUACUUGUAUAUAAUCACUCGAUAUAGACAUUUUUAGUAAGAUCCUUGUUAAAAAAAUUCAUUAACGGUUGAGCAAUUGCGAUUCUUCAUGUAACUCGUAAAAGGGUCAAGAUGGCAUCACAUGGGAGAAAAGGUGGUAUAUUGCCUUGUCAUAUCUUCGAAACGAGUUCGGUGACCCUAACUUUUCUCCUGUUUUUACUAUUAACAUAUCAUAAACUUCACCCCUGGGAAGUUUCAGCAAAUUCUAAUUUCCAGAAAAAUUACCGUGAUGAAUCACCUUCAAUCAUAUUUUUACAUUUUUUAAAUAAGUAACAUUAAUUAAUAAAUAUUAAUUAAAUAACUUCCUUAAAGUAAUGAUAAUGUGGGCUUUCUGGAGCAAAAGUGACCAGUUCACUGUUCGAUUAGUUUCUUUCACUACAUUAUUUUUCUUUUUACUUUUAAUUGUCAAUACUGUAUACAUAUAUUAUCAAACAAUGUAUAGUGCAUAAUGCCAUACAGCAUUUAUGUUGGAAAACUAAAAUUGUAUCAAGACCUUGUCUUAAUUUUGUUGUAGUUAAAGGAAAUUGAGGAUAAAAUUCUUGAAGUACUGUCCACAUGUGAAGGAAAUAUUUUGGAAGAUGAGACUGCAAUUGAGGUUUGGAAGAAAUUAAUUUAAUUACCUAUGUGUGCCAAAAAUUUGUUGCAUAUAUUUCAGGAUUAUAUCAACAUUUAUAUUUUAGUCUCAUUUACUCGGUUUUUUCAUCAUGUAAACUUGUAAACUGCAACCUUUUAUAUAUUAUUAUGUAGGUUCUUUCAUCCAGUAAAUUAUUGUCAAAAGAAAUCUUGGAGAAGCAAGAAAUCGCUACUAAGACAGAAAAAGAGAUUGAUCAAACACGAAACGGAUAUCAACCGGUAAUCUUGUAAUAAACGUGAAAAAAUAAUUAGGCGGGCAAACGAAAAAUGUAAGAUGAAUAAAGAAAUAGAAAUAGCAUGAAUGGAAUACAAGGAGGAAUGCAGAAAAAAUAUUCACUCGAAAGUUUGAAUAGAUGAAAAGAUAAUAUAUCUAUAUACAAGACAACUUAAUUUUGAAAACACUAAGAUUCUGAUAAAAAUAUCUCCCAUUGUAUAAUAAAAAAAAGAACCUGGAUAUACUAUUAAUAGUGAAUGGUGGCACUGAUACUUACUGGCGACAAUACCAUACAAUGACAUAACCAUAUAUGCACGGAAACAACUUUGGAAACACGAGUGUAGUUUUACUUGCAUAGUACCAUGCAAAAGGCAAGAAAGCAAGGCGUACAUGUAUUCUUUGAUAUAUUUCUUAAAUACAAUAUCAGAAGAUUACUCUUACCACACUCUCAUCUAAACUUGAGAAUUGAAACUAACCUUCUUCUCUUCUUCCUAAUUAAACAACAUAUUUUUGGUUUCUUUUUUGUGUGAUAAUUUAUUUUUUACUUCUGUUUUUUUUCUUUCCACAACAUGAUUAUUACAUUCAGUAUACUGUAUAACUUGUUUUUUUGUACUUGUGCUCUUGAAUAUUCUUACUACUAUAUUUUGCCUAACAUUGCCAACCAGACAAUGAUUACCACGUACUGAACUGACCAUAUGAUUGCACCACUGUUUUCCAUAAUUCGAAGAUGUAAAAAUCAUAUCUGUGGUAAAUCAUGUUCAUUGUGCAUUUCCCUAACAGGUGGCGAAACACUCGUCGAUUUUGUUCUUCACUGUUUCAUCACUGGCCAAUAUCGAACCGAUGUAUCAGUAUUCAUUGGCAUGGUUUAUUAAAUUGUACUUGCAGGUAAUCUAUACUAUUUGAAGCAUCUAUUAAUUAUUUUGACAGAAAUUUUACUAUGUUGGGUAAUACUAUAUAAAACUUGUUUCUUCCCUUCGUUCAUUUUCCAUAGUCUAUGAACAAUCUAAAUUUCUGGGUGUUGCUAAAACACAAAAAUGGUGUAAGCAGCUCUGCAUGUAGGCACUGUAAAUGUAAAAUGUUUACACCUUUUUUGUAUAUUUACACCCAAUAAUUAUUAUAGGUGUUUCAAUACACCUUUUGGGUGUAAUUUGUAAAUUUGGUGAUUCCAUAACAGCCCCCCCCCCCCCAUAACACAAAAGUUGUUAUUGACAUUUACACUAAGUCGUUGUGUACAGAACUGCAUUGUCUACAGAUUACACCAUUUUGGUGUUGUAUCAACACAUUUAUUAGGUUGAAGGUUUAAUUGCAUUGCUUUGCGUGCAUGCUAUAUGGAACCGCUUUUAAAAAAAUACUUGAACUAGUUUUGCUAGCAAGAAUGAUAUAAAUUCACUUGUUAUUCACUGCAAAGUAUUGCAGGGAGUAAUUUACAUCACUAAAUUUCGUGUACAUUAUAUGUGAGAUUUUUGCGUUCAAAAUUAAACUGCACAAUGGGUGGCAUGCAGGAGUUUGUUAAACGUAUAAAUGUGUUCUAAUAAUCGGUACAAAUUUUACCUGCGCAAUUCUGUUUUUCAUGCAUGUUGUUAGAAUCUAACUGUACAUAAGUUGUCUCCAAACGCGAGUACAGCACUUACUCUUCUUUACAGUUAAGAUUUCUUUUGUUAUAGUCCAUAGCAAGCAGUGAGAGAUCAGGAGACUUGGCAACCAGAAUCUACAAUCUGAACGAUCAUUUUACCUACAGGUAUAAUUGGCAUGACGAUCAAUAUGAGUUAAAAGGUGGUGCUUGUAUAAUCAACCAUUCGUAAUGUUUUACGAUCAUUUGUUAACGUUCCAGUGACCUAAACUUGAGCUUUUUACUAAGUAUAUGUUUAUAUGGUUUGAUGUCCCUCAAUUCAAAAAUUUUAUGCAUGGGAGAUUCCCAAUAGAAAAGGUUAUGAUCCGACUAAAUAUGUGUUCAACAUCAUAAAAUUCAUCAUCAGUGGUCUCGCUUUCCUUUUCUCUUGAUUUUCCAUCGUAUACCCACAAUACAAGUUGUUCCUUCGGGAUUCCCUUACAUACCUUCGUCGAUUUAGUUGGUGUAAUUAAUUUUUAAAUUACAGACAAUUUAAGCAAUGAUUUUUUUUCAUUUUAAAAGGACGGACACCUUCGGUUAUACGCUUUUAUUAACCAACAUGGGGUACAAUCCGUUUGCACGUGUCAGUUUUGUUUUCAAUAUUAUCAGAAAAACAUGCAGCAUUGGUUAAUACAAUGUGUUCAGAUUUUUUGUUCGCCUUAAAAUUACCAGACGUAGGAAAUUAUUUGGGACACUCGCUGCAUUCAGUUCCUGAUAUUUAUAGCGAGUUUUUUGAAGAUAUUGUCCAAUGUUGAACUUGUUAAAGGGAACUUUCUCACCUUUUGGCCAUUUGGGCACACUGACCAUUUAUUGUAGUGCAGUUGAAUUAAUUAAAUUAUUGAACUCUUCUCAACCAAUCAGGACAUUGUUUUGUAGUGAAUUUAUUAUUGUCGUUUCAGUGUAUACCUAAAUAUCAGUCGAUCGUUAUUUGAAAAAGAUAAGCUGCUGUUUUCCUUUCUUCUUUGUAUUGGGCUUUUGAGAGGAAAGUAAGUAAAUAUAUGCAUACUACAGAUUUUAAAAAAUGGCUCUUUAAUUAAACGAGAUUGGUCGAUUUUAAAACCGUAGUGUAAUUUGUUAUAGAGAUUUUGAUAUAUUUUUUGCAAUGGUUAAUGUUCGUUUUAACACUGUAACUGCCUCACAUAAAUAUAUAUUUGCUUCAUAUAAUUAAACCGAAGUUUAAGUUGCCCAAUCUUAAUUCGGAUUUUCGAUUUGUAUAAUCGUAAUUAUAAAAUUAUUACAUCAAAUAUAAUGUACUGAAUCGAGUAGACAAUACUAUGUAAGCUACGCCCCAAUCAAUCUCAUGCCCGUUCGCAGGUUGUACCCAAGCUGCGAACGGGCAUACUCUGGGUACGAGAUUGCAAUUGUAAUUGGAAUUCAAAAAAUAUUGUCCUAGAUUUUACGUUUUCACUGGCCAGAAGUAUUUUUGAGGAACAUUCCAGGUUUUGUUAGAGAUUUUUAGAGAACUUUAAUUUGUUCUAUAGAGGAAAGUUAGAUGACGAAGAAUGGAGAUUUUUGUUAACCGGUGGUGUGGCCUUGGACAACAAGUAUCAUAACCCUGCGCCUGGUUGGCUACUGGAUAAAUCGUGGGCAGAGAUUGUCAGAUGCUCUAAUAUGCCAGUAUUUUCAGGCCUACGUCAACACUUUGAAAAGAAUGUAUGUUUUCGUGUUAAUAGAUAAAAUGGAUUGAUAAGAUUCUUAACCAGCUUGACCUUUGGUUUUAUGGUGGGCAAUGGCAACUUUAAAUUAACAAGUCCAAAACGUUUUUAUGCGUUUAAGAAAAAUGCAAAAAUUCUGUACUCAGUACGUAUAGUGGUAUAUGCUUAUGGUAUAGCGAUACAUUCUCUUCCUUAGACCGUUUUGCACCAAUAUAUUAUUCUAUAAAAAGUCUCAAGAGGUAAGGUGUAAAACGAAGCAGACUGCACGUAUUAAUUAAGUGCCACAUAAGAUUCGAGGUUAGACAAGUUGAUACAAUCUUUGGAUGCAAUAUUUUGAAUUAUUGCAUGUUCAUCUAUAAGUAUACUGUUUGAAUUGGCGUAAAGGUUUAUGGCCAAUUCGCGUCAAGGUUAUUUGGGUAUUAUACAGGGUGUCUCAAAGAAAACGCUACGGAAAUUAAACAGGCUGUCGUGCAUCAUAUACGUGGCUGAACAAUUCAAUUUUUACAUAGGACGAAAGAAAAGUUAUUUAGCUUUGCAAUGAUACUCUUUUUAACGAUGAGAAAUGGCCACAUACUCGUCAAAUAAAAAUUGCCGGUCGAAAUCACAUUCUUCCACCGUUGGGAAUUGCAUGGAAAACGAACCAUAAACAAUUCCCAAGAGCGAAUUAAAAUUGAAUGUUAAAUUAUCUAAAAUAAGCUCAACUCGUCAAUCUUCGUCUUAGUGAGACAAUAACUCAAUACGAAUUUGGUACGAAACAUGGUUCAAUUAACCCCUGAACAGAACAUUCGUUAACAUUCGUUAUCAAAACGUUUUAUGAAACAAAUAGCUUGCAGCAGGCUCGCGUUGCUUUUGGAUUGACUAACUUUGCAUAAUUAAUUAUUUUCAAUUCCCAACGGUGGAAGAAUGUGAUUUCGACCGGCAAUUUUUAUUUGACGAGUGUGUAGCCAUUUCUCAUCGAUUUCAAAAAGAUGUCAUAGAAAAGCUAAAUAAUAGCUCUUCCUAUGUAAAAAUCGAACUGUUUAGCUACGUUUAUGACGCACAACAGCCUGUUGAAUUUCCGUAGCGUUUUUUUUGAGACACCCUGUACAAUUUAUUGCAAUUUAUAUUCUUCGGAAAAAGGAGUCAAGCCCCUUUAAAAAAAAAUGACUCCCCAAAAUUUACAUUUUAUAGCACUUUUUACGUGGGUAUUGACGAUCACGCCCUCCAUCAAUAUCUAUAUGUAUGACUUAUUCUAGUGAAAAAGAAAGUAUAAACGCAUGACAGAUGUUAGAUCAUAUGAUAUUGUUAGGUUUCAGCAUGGAAGAAUGUUUAUGACUCGCGUGAACCUCAUAAGGAGAACUUACCUGAUCCUUGGAAUGAUGAUUUGAAUAAUUUCCAAAAGCUGCUUAUAUUGCGAUGCCUUAGGCCUGAUAAGGUAAGUGCAGUGACUUCACUGCGUAGUGAAGAUGCUUACAGUAUAUACCUUGGUUCAGAUUUCGUUUCUCUUCCUCUCUCUGAAUUAAAGACGUGAUAGGCUUCUUUUCACUUUGUUUUUAGAUGACUGUGGCAAUUCAAGAUUUUAUAGUCUAUAAUCUCAGCUUACUCUAUGUUGAACCGCCAACAUUCGAGCUAGACAAAUGUUUUGAAGAUUCUAAUUGUUAUGUGCCUUUGAUAUUCAUUCUUUCUCCUGGCGCCGAUCCGAUGGCUAGUUUAUUAAAAUUUGCUGACGAUGUGGGUAAGUAGGUUGUGUCAUAUCACUUGCAGUAAGAUUUAUUGCUAUCGUGCGACUAAGUGUCUUAAUAUGUCUGUUAGAUUUUCUAUAGCCAAUCAGCGGCAAGUACCACAUUUCGUGUUUGCAGGCUGGAACAUCAGUAAAAAAGAACAUGACAGUUUCGAAGAGUGAAUUUUUGAUAUGCCAAAAUUGAAGGAGAUAAUUAAACUGCAAAUAACGUACUUUUUAUUUUUCUAUUCGGUAGCAUAUUAGCACAUAUACUGUAGACCACUGGUAUGAGCCAUGGCAGCUGCUCAUAUUUAUUUCAAUUUUUGGAAAGAAAAAGCGUUACCAGAUCAGGGAGUGCUAGUAUUGUGGGUUUUCUUGAUUUGAAACGACUUUUAAUUUUUUCUAUUUUUAUGAAGUUCUUCUACGAUCCGUUUCUAUUUUUCUUGGUUUAAGAGUGAGUGUCCGUAAAUCUCGAGAAUUGGGCGACAAAUUGGAAAAUUCGAAAUUCCUUUUAUUUUACCCAUAGUAUCCACUGAGUGAGCUAUUUUGAAAAAUAUAGUUCAAAAGUCGCAGCUCCUCUUAUUUUUCGUGAAAUUACCUAAACAUGAUUUUGGGACUUUUAGGUCAAUUUUCAUCAGUCGAAAUACAGGAUUUUAAAGCGUUCGUGACGGCUACCCUUCAAACAUAUUACGACCAUUUUUUAGUAUAAUCUAAGACCAUCUCUAUAUUUUGUCUUAGCAGCAAAAUCUUUUUUUAUUCCAAAAUCUUUCUUGACAUUUAAAGCUAGCUAAUAUUUGGUGUUUACGGUUCACAACAGAAAGGCAAAUUUUUGUCAAUUUCAAUGUGUUCAAAUGGACCGUGGUACAUGACAAAUUGCAACGAAAAUAAGGCUAACUUGCAAAGUAGCCAUCUGUUUAUAACAUAUUAAAAAAUCUCUGGCGGCAAGCAAAACCCGCACCAGUGAGAAGUCAAAAUGUUGAUGCUAUUUUUAGAUUUUGCCUGACGUGACAACACGUUUGUACAUUACAACGGUAAUUACAGUGACAGUUUUAUCGCAUUUCAUUAACAAAAGAACGCGGAAUAACGAAAACAACGCUAUUAAUUUUUAAGACAAACUUUAAAAGAGUACACUAGAGAUCUGAGUGAUGAAUGCGUUUUUUAAGUUCAUGCAAGGGAGUAUUUUAUCUGAGAUCAAUCGAUAAUAGAGGCCAGCUAGUACAAACGCGUCACAUUAAACCAGUCAAUCUAUAAUUUUGUUAACGAAACUAAAAUUGGCAAUUCACAAAACCAAUUUUAAUUUAGUAACCAGUUUUAAUUUGUUUAUUUACUAUGCCGGGGGGAUGAAGAUGUCUUCAAAAAGGGGCAUAUUUUUUCGGGGCCCUGUUGGAGUUAUCGCAAUAUUUUCGACGAUCCUCCCCCCCCAAAGGAUACUUCAAAAUUUCAAUGCCGCCCAGAAAUCAGAACCCAAGGACCAAGGAGUUGAGGUAUUUUUAUGCUCAGCAUUAAACUAGUUGACAAGGACACACUUUUCUUCCACAGUCAGAAGGGCAGGUUAGUGACUUCAUUGCGGGCGCCACGCCAUGGUUAGUCAGAAACAGCGUUUUCAGAGUCUCAUGUACACACCUUUUAGUAGGGUCAUGAUAAAUUAUCAUGAUGAGGCCCCGCCUCACCAAAACAUUGAAAUAUUUAUAUCCCCCCUUCUGUAUAUACAGAGAACUUUUAGAGCCCCGCCCCUUAAUGCCUGAAAAUAUUUUGGUGCCCCCUUAACAUCUUCAUACCUCCUCGGCAUGAGUGUUCCCUAAACAAUAAAACUCUUUUACAUUUAAACUUUACUAAUGCGACGCUAUUUUGCUUUAAGACAUCGUACGUUAAAACUAUAUCAUUGUUUGGAGCGCUAACUUGAUUCGUCAAGUUUUUGGCAAAUAUAACUAAAUUUGUGACUUACUGGUUAAGGGUAUAGUAUAUAGAAAUGUACAGUACAGUUUUCGUUCAUCUGUAGCAGUCAGCCAGUGCUACAGGAGCAUCCCGAAACAGCACUUUCUAGGAGCUUGAUGUAAGGUAAUUUUGUGUUCUUCUUCUUGCCAGACAUUUCUGGAACAUCGAGGUUAAGUUCUUCGCAUAGGCGUUGAAGCAUAUCCAUUUUCAAUUUUUUCAGAGUACUACUUUUCACCAUAUCACAUACAUUAUAUUGAUCAAAAACGAUAGGGUGUUGUAGUUGCAACGAUGACAAAACUUUGUUUCUCAUUUUAUGAAAAUUAUCCUCUUCUACAGCAGCCGCAGCAUCUGCUUCCGUUAUAGUGAUCUUUUGCUGUCGGACCUUUGCAGCCAUGCGAGAAAAGAAUGAGGAAACUUGUUCAACAGAAAGAAACUCCGUGACACCGAAUAGCCGGUGACCAUCCUCCCCGCGCGCAUGCCUCAUUUCUUUCGAUACAACGUCCGCUUUCAUUUUCCGUCCUGUCUCUUGGCCGAUGUUGAACUUAGAGGUUAGGUAGCUUUUUUGCUUUUCGUUGAAACGAUAACUUUUUGUCGAUUCUUUAAGUGCCCACCCCUCCUGGGCAACAGGAUAGGAAUCGGCAACGACAGUGCUGCAAGAAGUGCUUAUGGAUGGAAUCGCGCAAACAUCUUCCUUUAAAAGGGAUGCAUAUUUUUCUUUUGCAACAUCCAACAUGGUCUGCUUUUCAAGAAUGCUGGUGCAGGAUUCCAAAGAAAGAUGUUUUUCUAGUGCAGAAGAUCUCUGGAAAACACGAGUGCAUCCUUCUUGAGGACAAGAGUAGAUUGGUGAUUCACUAUCUUCUGCCUUCUCUUCUUGUACGGCCUUUUCGAAUUCAGUAGUCACAGGUUGCUGGUUUCGCUUUGUGUUUUCGGCUGUUGAUUUAACGAGUUUAAAAUUUCCAGAUGAAAACCCGACAGUGAUCCAAUUAAAGGUUAUAUCUACAACAAUAAGAUAGAAUAUAAUUACUCUACGAACAGAUCAGUGAUGUGUUCUGACUUUGGUGCCCUAAAAAUUAACGGUGGCUGCAUAAUACAAUUUUCUCCUUCUAUGAAAGGCACUCACUUUAUACGGCAAUUUGUCGUACGACUAAUGCGAAAUUAAAGAUAAUUGUAGUGGCUUUAAUAGAUUUUUGUCGGAUGAUACCUUUACAUUUGCCCAAACUAACUUUUUCGCCCAUACUUUUUAGUGUCCACCAUGCAUGUCUAUUGCCACACCCAUUACCCCAGGGAAUGUGUUAGAAAAGCAUACACGGUUACCUUGGAUCUUCGAUAAACUUAUUCUUUUUCCUUUUCCAACAUCAUAAGCUCGCCAUGUAACAAUAUUUCUUCCUUUGAACUCAAAGUUGUUCAGUUUACUUAUUCCAGGGAUUUUAUCUAGCUGAGCGACGAAAGAAUCAUCGAUGCACGGUACUACAGCCACUCUUACUCCCUCGACACCACCAUGUGAUAACAGGGCAUUUUUCAUUUCUCCAGCAUUUGUAACGUCGUUACCCUCGUUUACAAACAAUCUGAUAUGGCACUUGCAAGUAGCGGCAAGACGGUCAGCUGACCCUUUCCCCCCUUGGGGAUCGCUGAAAUCAAUCCUUGAAAUCUUUAUUCCUGUUGUCUUGGCGAUGUGAUGGCAUGCAAGAAUUGUGCUGGCUGAGUGAUAACAUCCGGCAUUGUCUUGGCGGAAAAAUGCUCUCUUCAAUUUCGGAUUCUCGGUUUCCAAGGUCUUUAGGACAUGCUGCAUGAUUAACACAAUGGCAGCACUGUCCUGGCUACAAGAUUCAAUGAUAUGAAUGAAGCCUUGAGACUCUAAUUGGCCAUUCGAUUUUCGAAAAACGACAGAGAUAUGCCAGGAGAUUCCCUUUUUCCCAAACCAAUCUGACUGUGAUUCGCGGUAUUGAUGGGGAAGGAACUUCAUUGCCCAGUCAUUCACUAUGUACACUGUCUUCUCGUCUUUUAGGAGAUUAAUCACGUCUAGUCUGGCUUGGUCUUGUCGAACACUCCGAAGUUGAUGGCCUUUCCACAAGUUGAUGGCUCUCACUGCAGAUGUGAAUAGAUACAGGGUUUCGUCUCUUUCUUCCUCCGAGGAAAAAGUGCACUCGUCGAUUGCUUGUUCUAUGUUCUUUAGCGUUAAGUCAAGACUUUCACACUGCUCGCACCUUUCGUCAUGUUUAUGUUUGCACUUGUAUUUGAAAUCUUUAUCUGUGAUGUCGCUUAACGCGUACAUAUAGCAAUGGUCAGGGACACGAGCGUUGUCACUGACGUGCACCUUGAAAUAGAACGCAAAAAUGAGAACUAAAACAUGGCACAUAAAACAAAUGCCCGACAAUGUACUCUACUGUACUGUACUGUAAAGUGCCUACUGCAUUCAGGAAAAAUUACGUUGAGAUAUAAUAUUAAUAUUAAUGUAAUAAAUUUCAUACCAGGUUUGUAAAAUAUAUAAAUACGAAGAACAUAUUUAAUGAUUUUGCCUUGUUUAAUUGGUUUGUUACCUUGUAAUCUCCUUUUAGAUAAAGCUUUCCCACUUUCAAAGCCUCUUGCAUUUCUGCUGCCCAAUUUUCGCCAUCUUUCUUUAAAGGUGAGAUAGUCAGCACAACGGUGCCCAAGUCAUCAAAGGAUCGCCCACCUUGAGCAGCAAAGUUGUCGAGACCUUGAAGAGAUUUACGAUGGGUUGCACUACAUUCGUCUAGUACUCUUAACAUUGUGCUCUUACUGAAAGAUUGAAAAUUGUUUUCUUUGCAGUACUGAGAGUAUUGGUUCACAAUUCUUUGAGGUAUCAUGGUACGGAUGAUGUUCGGUACUUUAAUUGUUUUACCUGAGGACAUCUUCAAUUCUUUUUCGCCAAACGGCAAGUCUUGCACUAAAUGGGGGCUUGUUAUAAAGCUCAGAAAAUGGUCAAGCUGUUGCUGACAUAUACGAAGACGAGGCGAUGUCUUUAACGGAACUGGAACGCACCUUCCAUACUGAAGUCGAUGAAGAUUAGCCAUAGUAAAACGGUAGUGUGUGAGACCAGGAAUAUAUUCUGAAAUGACAUUAAAAUUAGCCACAUCGGACAUGGUAGAUAAGACUUGGCGCCGAGUAUCCCAGCUAUCUGCGGUUUUAUACGCUUCGGCUAAGGCUUCUAAAUAAGCUUUUUCUGCUGGCUGAUGGCUUAAUCCAAAUGCUUUGUUCAUCCUUCCGGAAGUUUGAAGCCCUUUCCAAAGAUGUGGGGCAUUAGUGGAUGAAAUAUCAUUUAACACUGACGAGACAAUUUCACAUGUUUUUUGGAUGUAUCGUUCUUGUGUGCGCUCUGAUAUCUGGUCCCAAUCUGACAUUGGUCUUUUCAAAGGAUGAAUAUUACAGGCUUCCAAAUAUUCGUUUAGCUUUUUUCUUCUAGCAACCAAUGAAGAAGAAACAUCGGUGACGUCACAAGAUGAUGAUGAUGUAGUACUUGCAGUGUCUGGAGAGAAGAUGCUCCACCUGGUCUCGUUAAGUACAAGUUUAUCCAUUUCUUCAACAAGUUCAUCUGACGUACCAGUAUUACUGUCUUCCUAAUAAAGAAUAGAAGCUGUUAAAAUGUAGUGCAUGGAUCAUGGCUCGUGAUAAAGUUAAAAUUGUUUCUUAUUACCGGCUGUUCUGCGUUAAUCUGCGGCAGAGAUGUUGAUAAUUCUAAGCAGUUACUUGAUUCGUCGUCAGUUGACACUAAAUUACUAGUUCUCCAUUCUGUUGCCAGAUGAGCUAAAUGUUCUUUACAGCUCCUGCAUAUCCCUAAAACAAGCAAAAAGUUAACGUAUACAUUAUACUGUAUAUCCUGUAAAAUAAAGGCAUUGCUGCUAAAAGUUUAGUAUAAGUAAAUUCUUCAUUCUACAAAAAACGUGGAAAUUCAGUUAAAAACAAAACCUGCACUACUUGUGCAUGCAUAGUAAAAUAUCCUCAUACUUCUCUCACGUUUCCUGCCGACCUUAUACGCAGGAAAUAGAUGUAUUGAAUAAAUUAACCUCGUACCUGUUCCCACAGGAAUAAGUAUCUUGGUCUUGUUAAAAAUAAAAGAUGAUAAUAAAGUUGUCAGUCCACAUUGAGCUUUGACGGAUAAAGAUUUAUGUGCUGCAAGGUCAUUUCGAAUUGAGCAUCUGGUCUUGUUGCACCUCCAGCGAAUGCCAUACAAAUCUCGAUGUAAAGGACACACUGUCAUCUUCAUGUAUGACUCGUCGAUUUCAAAAAUUCCUAAAGAAUACCGAUACGUUUUAGUUACAAUCUUUAAAAUUUGCAAACAGUAAGUCAACAAAGUCAAAGAAUGAAAAAUAAACAUUAAAUUCGGUGACGUUACCUGCACGACCAAGAAGUAACAUUGAUUCACUUCCAGACAGGCCACAAUCGUUACUAAUUUUAUAUUGUGAGCAAUGGUUUAAAAUGUCCUUAUUACAAUCCUUGAUUGUUACGCAUUCUACAAUAGAAGGAUUGUACGAACUAGGUCCACACUGACCGCCAACUAGUGUUGCAUAGUAACACGAUGCCAUCCUACAGUUUCCUUCUUGUUUGCUUGUUAUAUAUUACUGAAUAUUUCUUUAAGUCCAAAAGUAUGUCAUAAUGUAAUUGUUUACAAAGUUAAAGAUUAAAAUGUCUGGUAUGCUAUAAUCGUUCGUUCACUCAGAUUGCCCAAAGCAACUUCUAAAUUUUAAAAUUUUAAGUUUUCCCCUUUUUCUGCUUUUGUUAAUUUCGUUUGCAUCAACAAAAUUAUUCUGGACCGGGUUGAUUAUUGUGCACGAUAUUUAACUGGCACAUCCGUUUAUAUUUUUUAUAUAUUUGUAUACCUUGCACGCAUAUAGGGACAAUUAAUGUCUCGUUUGUGCUUAUAUUUCGCUUGAUUUCUAGUUUUACUGUCAUUUAUACAAGUCUUUGCUUGUCGUUUGUGAUUAAUUGUUUUUUAUUAAAGUAUUUAAUAUAUGAAUUGUUAUUUAUUGUAUAGAAUAUACGCUCAAGGAAUUUACUAAAUAAUAACAGUGUUAUAUAGUGACGCAUUUGUGUCAUAAUUGAUUGAUCUUUGAUAAAACACCUCUUUAAUUUGAUUUAAAAACAUUUUCAUCACUUAAAACAAUAAUGUACUAUUUUUAACUUUCUCCAACAGUAAUAUUGUUGUUGUGUUCCUCACUCUGCGCUGCAUCUUUGAAAUGCGACAAAACUGUCACAUUGUGACUGCAUGUAAUUACCGGUGUAAUGUACAAUUAUGAUGCACCGACAUCUAAAAAUAGCAUCAACAUUUUGACUUCUCACUGGUGCGGGUUUUGCUUGCCGCCAGAGAUUUUUUAAUAUGUUAUAAACAGAUGGCUACUUUGCAAGAUAGUCUUAUUUUCAUUGCAAUUUGUCAUGUACCACGGUUCAUUUGGGCACAUUGAAAUUGACAAAAAAUGGCCUUUCUGUUGUGAGCCGUAAACACCAUAUAUUUGCUACUUUUAAAUGUCAAGAAAGACUUCGUAAUCAAAAAAGAUUUUGCUAGUAAAACAAAAUAUAGAGAUGUACUUCGAUUAUAUUAAAAAACCCGGCCGUAAUACAUUUAAAAGGUAGCCGUCACGAAUGCUUCAAAAUCUUGUAUUUUGACCGAUGAAAAUUGACUUAAAAGCCCCAAAAUCAUGUUUAGUAAUUUCUCGAAAAAUAAGAGGAGCUGCGACUUUUGAACUAUAUUUUUUAAAAUAGCUCACCCAGUGGAUACUAUAGGUAAAAUAAAUGGAAUUUCGAAUUUUCCAAUUUGUCGUCCGAUUCUCGAGAUUUACGGACACUCGCUCUUAAGGCAUAUUUUGACCAGAAACAGUGCGUUGUGCAUCAUGGCGAAUGCACGUUUUGGUUCAAAUAUUUCGAAAACCAAAUAUGAUGUGGAAAAGUUGUUCAGGGUCUUCGUGUACCCCUUGAAUCUUCAUAUAUCCUCUUGAAUAUCCUCUCCAGGUUUUCAUAUCCUCUUGAAAUUCCUUUCAAAUAAGUAUAAAAUUUAAUUUUUAUUGUCAUUUCUUUUACACUCAAAUGUGGCUUUAUCUUUAGGUGUUGGUCGAUCAAAUUGUGAUACUAUCUCCCUUGGACAAGGUCAAGGUCCAAUAGCAACAAAAAUUAUAGCGAAGGUGAUAAUUAUAUUGAAGAUAAUAAUUAGCUUGUACAUUUAUAAACAAUUUUGGCUAACGUUGUUUACAUCGUUGCUAACCAAUUCACAACUUUAAAUAACUCGUAUAUGCUUAGUUACGAUUGUUCUAGUUUACAGAAGCGAUAGAACAAAGGUAACUAAGCAUUAUAAUUAUAUUGUAUGUACGAGUUAUGCACUCAUGUAGAUAAUUAAUCUAAAACUUGUAGUUACCGUUGUUCUAUUCUAUGCUUCUGUAAACUAGAACAAUAGUUAACUAGGCGUGUGAAUCGUCUAAAGUUGUGAAUUGGGUAUAAACAAACUUUAUCCAGAUUUUUCUAUUAAAUACCUGUUAUGUAGGAGUACGUUUCCCAAUCAACAAAGUUAAUGCUGAUAAUAUAUAAAUCAAUAAUACUGAUCAGUAAUAUGUUAAUUAUACUGAUAAUAGUUAAUACUGAUAAUAUAUUAAUCAAUAAAGUUAAUACUGAUAAUAUAUAUUGUUCUUUCACCAAGGUGGUUAUAUUUUUCACCUGGGCAUAGCUAUAUAGUGGUUCAGAUCGGUUGCUGUUAGUUAGUGUAAACUGAUCUAGCCUUUAAUGAUUUAAUUACGAAAUAUACAUUUUUGUUCAGGCCACAAUAGAAGGACGAUGGGUAGUUUUGCAGAAUUGCCAUUUGGCUGUUUCUUGGUUGCCAACCUUGGAAAAAAUUUGUGAAGAGGUACAAUUUCAUAAAUGAAUGCACUUUGUUUAGAAUGGUGGUAAUUUAGCUCUUUUCUCUAAACAGAAUCCACAAAUAUUCAAUGUAUUAUUAAAACAAAUUGAUAGAUACAUUGUUUGCAAUUGUUUUGCUAAUAUCUAUCACUUGUUUUAGUCACUUACACCAGAAGCAAGAACGCAUCCAAAUUUUAGAUUAUGGUUGACUAGUUAUCCGACGAACAGUUUUCCAGUUUCCAUCCUUCAAAACGGUAUUCAAUUAUACAUGUUGUGCUUGUAUAUAGUGAAAAUUCUAUUGCAUGCGAUGUAAGUUAGAUUAGUUAGACUAAUAUACAUACAAAAUUAAUUUUUGACAUGUUUUUUACCCACAACAUUUCAAUGAAAGGAUUAUCUUAACACAUAAAGUGAUAAUAUAAUAAUCUGUGUUCGUAUCAUAGACGGAUUUUCGUAUUUAUUACUGGGGUGGUGCCAGAAAUUUUAGGGGGGGUGUGAGUCGUGAGCAGGUGACUGAAGCAACACAAAAUGUCACCAAGCCCCAGUAAGGUCUACAUUCUAGGGGUGGAGCACUAUAGGGGAGUCUAGAGAUCGGAAAACAAAGUAUCCCAGGAAAAAUUUGAAAAAAAUCAUGAUUUCUAGCUUCGAAAAAAAGUUUUUUGAAGUUGUCAAUUUGUCAUAUCAAUGGAUUUGGUAUGUCCGAUUGUCUGUUAAGACUUGAGAGAGUUAAAGACUUAAAGUUAAAUGAACCUAUAAAAGUGUAAACCCAAUAGGCCAAUACACAAUAUGCUUUUAUUUUUAUAAAGUCAUUGACAUUGUGUUGUUUGAAUCCGAGCAGUAGCGUAGCCAGCCCGACUAUUUGGUCCCGCUAUGCAAAUAUUUUCAUGUUCAUUGACUGUGAAAACAAUCAAUUUCUAAAGAAAUGAAUAAUGAUAAUAAUUUUAAAUUUGCAUAGCGGGACUAAAUUGUCGGGCUGCCUACGCCACUGAAUCCGAGUACAAUUUAUGAUGCAACUCCGAUGUAAAUAAUAUUUGGGGCGUAAAGAUUAAAUCUAGGCAAGUCUAUUUCCUAAAAGAAUUAAAAACUAAAAAUAGUGUUCGUAAAAAUUCCAAACGUUCCUUGCGUGCAAGCUAUUCGCAUGACAAGGCACUGCAAACUCUAUUCAGGGAAGAUAAUAGAGUUUCAAAACUUUACAAUUGCUCCAAUAAACCAGUGAAUGCAAGCGAGGAGCGAUUAGUUUCAGAGUGUUGCACUGUCUUAUUUUGUGUCAUCAACACUCUGCAUGUUGGAGUGGACUAUUUAAUUAUUCAUUUAUUAUGCCGAAAUUGGGGGGGGGGGGUUGAACAUUUUUUUGGAGGGGUGAACAUUUUGUUUGGGAGGGGGUUAUAGCUAAUAUUCUGCAUCCCCCCAGAAAAUCCGUCUAUGGUUCGUAUUGCCCCAUAUGAAAAUUUCACGAUAUUAUUUCACAUAUAAAAUUAUGUAUGGAAUUGGAACAUUUCAUAUGUGAAAUUGAAUUUCACAUUUUCUUUCACAUCUAAAAGUAAAAAUUUAUAUGUAAAAAUUAAUUUUACAAUCAUGUGAACAGAAGUGACAGAAUUUAUCAACAAUUAUUUAAUUUUCCCACAUUAUGGAGCUUUUUAUUAAAAUUCAUGAAUUUUAGAUCCAAAUGAGAUUUAUUUGCAAUAAUUUUGCACUCAAUUCAUAACGGUGUGUUUAGUCGAGACAAUGUUUAAUCGGGAUCUAUAUUCGAUCAUUUUCCUUUAUAAUGAGACAAUGAAGAGGAGUAAUAUACAAGCUGAUCGACCCCUACUUUUAGGGCGGCGCACGGUGAGGAGCUGCACCAUUAUUUAUGCAUGACGUCACUCAUUAUGUAUGCAAUGGCACCAUAAUAGACGCGUAACAAGACUGGGCAACUUUUGGAAAAAACAGUCAUUAAGCUGAGCUAUCGCAAUAGCCCCAAGAUUGGACAAUGGAGUGUCUUUCUACAUCAUCAACUGGUAGAUUUGACAAUCAAAUAUCUACUUUGUUGGAAGGAAUAUAUGCGAAUGCAGUGGCACAUGAAGUUCAAAAUAGUUUGCAAGGAAUCAUAUAAUGGUUGUCAAAUCGAUCAUCCCAGUCAACGACAACACGACUGUCUUAUGAUGAACGAAUACCAACGAUAGCAAAUGUAUGGUUUAGAAGCGAUCGAACAAGUGAAAACUAAGCACCACUUGUUUGAGAAUAUUUGCUUUCCGUUAAAUGUUAAUUUUCGCUUAGCUUAAUAGUGCUUUGCUGCAAAUAUUCAAGUACAUCUCUGCCAACCUCCAGUUUUAAUACUUUCGUGGCCUCAGCGAAAUGAUUCCAACCAUACAUUUGCCAUCAUUCGUAUUCGUCCAUCAUAAGGCAGUUGUGUUGUCGUUGACUAGGAUGAUCGAUUUGAUUCUUUGAACUUCAUGUGCUGCUGGAUUCGCAUAUAUUUUUAAAACAAAGUAAAUACCUGAUCAUGAAAAUCUACCAGUCGAUGAUGUAGGAAGGCAAUCCAUUUCCCAAUCUUGGUGACUGACGUGUAGCACCUAUUGUGAUAGCUCGGCUUACUGACUGUUUUUUCUCAAACUUGCCCAGUCUUGUUCCGCGUCUAUUAUGACGUCAUUGCAUACAUAAUGCCCCACACCUUCAUCCUCCUCACACCCUCAGCGCCCUUCCUCCAUCCCAAAAAUCCGGGUCGAUCGGCACCUAUAUAUGUUGCUACUAAGAAGGUAUCAUAUUGGACAACUAAAAGCUUGCAUUUGUUUGCUGUGUAAAAACAUUUUUAUCAAUAAACUUAAUAUUUAAGUUGGAUUUUCUUUUUUUGAUCACCCUGUAGUUCGUUGGUGUAUAUCUGACGAAAGGAUCUAAUCAAAAUUCUUUUGUUCUGGCAUGCCAAUAUGUUGACUGAGACAUCACAUGUAUAUUCGGCUUUUGUUCUUCCACCAACUCUAUAUUUACCUGUGAUAUGCAGUCAUAUACCAGUUACAUGUGUCUGAGUUCUCAUUUUUAAUCAACGCUCACUCCAAGAUUUCGUUCUUUUGGUGUAGGUAUUAAAAUGACUAAUGAGCCUCCCAAAGGUCUACGUGCUAACUUGUUACGAAGCUAUCAUAGCUAUCCAAUACUGGAUCCUAUGUUCUUUGAUGGUUGUAACAAACCUAAGGUAAACAAAAAGAGUAAAAUUUUUUCACAAACUUGCGAUUUGUGUUAACCGGUGUGAAGGAGUGAAGCGAAUUUCUAAGUGAACGAGUGAGUGUGGAGAAUUUGCACACAAACCGUCCCUUAUUAAGACACUAGACUUGAGUGCGUUGUGUCGUGAAUGCAGUUUGUUCGGGGGUUACAUUCAUUUACCGAAGCUAGAAUAGUGAAGCAUGUCGUGAAAUAAUUUUUCAUUACGAUAUUAUAUUAAAACAUUUGGCAUACAGUAUAGUAGUAAGUAUAGUAAUAAAGUAUUAAUAUUUUGAUAGAUAUGUACUAAAUAAAUAUAAAUAGCAGAAGUUAAUUUAAUUUUAUUCGCCCAAUCAAAUAUAUACACAUGUCAUUAUAAACAAAAAAAUAAUAUAGCACUACCAGCUUAAUAGCAACAUGUUGCUUUAGAUUCCCAGAUAAUACAAGUUUGAGUAUUAUCUAUUUCUAGUAUUCAAUGUAUUACUUAUGGUUCAGUUUUCGCUAUAAAGGUAGGCUAAUAUUCUCUUCGUUGAGAAAUGAUAUAAAAUUGAUUUAUACACACUCCUUUUUAGGUUUGGAAGAAAAUGCUCUUUGGUUUGUGUUUCUUUCAUGCACUGGUACAAGAGAGAAGAAAUUUCGGUCCACUGGGUUGGAAUAUCCCUUAUGAAUUCAACGAGUCUGAUUUAAGAAUCAGCGUGCGUCAGCAGCAGGUAACUGUCUAACUAUAUAAUUUGAUCUAUUUAGCAUUUUCUCAGGCGGUUUCGCUUCACUCUAUGUUUACUUAAUGGUUUGUGAAAAUAUCAGAACCAUCGUAAUUUCCCAGCGCUUGAUUAAUCCAUUUUUUGAACAAUUUGUAUUUGAAUUUUCACUUUUUUGUUUCAUUUUCAGAUGUUUCUAAAUGACUACAACAACGUUCCAUAUGAGGCGUUGACAUACCUUAUUGGUCAGUGCAACUAUGGUGGCAGGGUAACCGAUAACUGGGACAGGUGGGAUUUAUUUCUGUAUAAAUGGUGAUCUUACUAAAUGGAAAAUAGCGAUUAAAUCCCUCCACACAUGGGAGUGUUUGUGAUUUUCGUAGCCGUGAAGCAGCCCCUGAACUAAGCCGUAUGUCCCCUCUCAGCUUUCCUCCCAGCUUGGAAAGGUCGGCAUCCACCACUUCCUACCAGGGUUCUGAAGUAUACACCCCACACUCGUCAAAUUGAUUGUCGACUGUUUUCAAAAGUUGAAGGUUUAUUGAAGAUGGUAAUUUCAAAUAAAAAUCAUAUUUGAAAUCUAGUCCAGUCCUCAUAGUCGGAUUUGAAAUAUUGCUUGAAAUGAAACAAUUGAAAUACAAUACGUCUGAGUAUGACCUAAAAUGUCUAUGUUUGUCAUUGUGAGAUGGAUUUAUUGACGAAAGCAACCAUUGCGGCUUUGUCAUUAAUUCAUGACAAACUCCUGUUCAACCCAUGUUCUACUUAAUUAUAUCUCACAUGCAUCUUUGAUAAACAAGAAUUGAGGUGCCCUAACGACGUUAUCACUGAAAAUAUGUCUUCCUGCGUAUGGGCAGCUGUUUGAGCAGCUAUAUGUGCUUUUCUGGGCAUGCAUAAAGCGGGUGAUAGUGAACUGUAGAUACUUGUGUGGGGAGAAAUUUUGUUAAACUAACUUGUGUCGCAGGUUAUAGGGUACCUCAGUGUGAUACGAUAUUUGGUCCAUUAUUGCUAAACGGUGUACUUGCUUCCUUGCAGGCGUCUAAUCCUAAGCAUCUUAUCGAUCUUUUACUAUGAAGAAGCCGUUGGAAACGAUGAUUACAAAUAUUCACUUAGUGGCAACUACUUUCCGCCUAAAGAGGUGAAUUUACACGGGUUUUCUUUAAAAUUUGUCUGGAUACGCGAUUAUUGUUUUAAUUUUUUAUAGUGUGGUAAUUUUAAUUUUUUACAUUGUCAGUGGUUUUAAUGUUAGCGCUAAUCCGGCUUUAAAAAACCGGCCCCAUGCAGGUAAAUUGAUCUCAAUUGAUGAUUAUCAUCAUUUACCGUAUUUUAGGGUUCUUAUGAAAGUUACAUUGAGUACAUCAAGCAACUGCCUCUGAUCUCUCAUCCCGAGGUAAGUUUAUAAUAAAAGUAUACUAUCAGCCUGGUUUAUUACGAUCACUCAGUUUUCGUAAACUGGAUUCUAAGGAAUCUAGCUGAGCCAUGUGUUCUAUUGUGAUUAAUGAAACUAGAGAAAUUGUGGGGGAAAGGUGUCGAUAUUUCUCACCAUGUUGGACUGCCAUUUUGAAUAUCCAACUAAGAAAGACAAAAUAAUAUUAUAUCCCUUAAUUUUGUAUCCCCAUCCCUUAUACCUUGGCUGGCAUAAGCGUAUGGGCGGAUAAAUUUCGAUUUGGAUCACUCGAAAGUUUUCCAGAAUUUUUAUGAAGGAUUGUAAUAAACACAUUUUGUGAAAAAUUUGCCCGAAUUUUCUUUGUUUUAACGGGCUAAAAAGGAAAAGUUACGAUGUAACUAAUCUUAAACUUGAAUAAAUGUUUAAUGUUAGUUUUAAUCAUUUAGGUGUUUGGUCUUCAUGAAAAUGCAGACAUCACAAAAAACCAGAGGGAAACUAAUCAGCUAUUCGACAGUAUUCUUCUUACUUUGCCGCGUCAGGUAAGAAAAUGGCUCUAUUUUGUGAAGUUGUAAGAAGCGAUGUACAAAGUGCUGACCAGGGAUGGAAAAAGUAUCGGACCACGGGACCAUUGGUCCCAGAAAAUGUUUUGAGUUCCCAGAAAAUAUUUCCCCAAGAACGAAAAAUGUAAUUGUAAAAAUUUAGAUAGAAGGAGAAAUUCUAAAACAAUAACCAAUAGAAAGAAUGUUACCUAUAUUGUAGGUACGACCUCAGAAUUGCAAUUAAGUGCAUCCAUCUUAAUAGUGCAAUAGUGUAUAAAUGCAUGUAUAGACUAUAGCAACCUCGUACCCAGGGUUUUAUCUAGCGGAGAUAAAACCCUGGGUACGAGGUUGAGACUAUAGAAUAAUAUGUAACAAAUGGAUUUUUAGCCAAUCUGAGACACCGCAUUUUCUAAAUUUUCUAGCGGAGCAUUAUGCCUCCAGAUAACCCUAGUGUGCCCUUUUUUGACAUCUGUGAAUUUACCUCAGGAUCAGACCCCUGAUGUUAUCUGAAUUAUCUGAAUUAGUUCUGUCAUAUUUCUAAGAUUAUUGGCUCAAUGCAUGGAGAUUAUCAUGCCUAAUCAUCGUAAUGAAAUGUGCAUGCUUCAAAGGUUCAUAUGCACAUGACAGACUUAAUAUUAUUAAAUUAUAUACAUCAAGCACAAUGACAGUGUAAAGCAGCCUUUAGUCCCCAAUUACGAAUUGCAGAUGCAUAUAUCAAAUAUAAUAACGCUUUUUAAAUUUCAGUCCUCUAGUGGAGGCAAAUCAUCUCAAGAAGUAAUACAAGAACUUGCGGUUGAUAUUUUGUCCAAGCUUCCUCCGGAUUUCAACAUUGAAGCCGUGAAGGUAAAUUUAAUUAAAUAUCUAUAGAUAUGGUAUUACUCGAAUUAUUUCACAUGUGAAAUUUUGAGAGGAAUUAGAACAUUCAAUUUAAUGUCUCGCGCGCGCCUUCGGCUCAUUCUUUUUGUUUGUAGAAACACCACGUAAAUUUAUUACUGCAAAUAAAUACUAAAUAUAUUAAUAAAUAAAUAAAUACCGCAAUUUAUUGCUGUAAAUUUAUUACUUAUAUACGUGGUGUUUCUACAAAGUUCAUGUGUUUUAUCGCCAUGCAAUCCUACAAAGAACUUAUAUAUACUUUCCUUCAGGAAAAGUAUCCAUUACGUUAUGAAGAAUCUAUGAACACAGUUUUACAUCAGGAAUUGAUCAGGUAAAUUAAGUAUUUAAUUUGUAGUUAUUAAAUUAAUGACUGCAUCGUAUGUGCAAUAUUCCAUCGGACUAACGAAGUUUCUAGAAUACAGUUAGAGGAGCUUAGAAAAGAAGAGGAUCGCCGUUACCAUGUGAAGUUACCAGAUUGUAUAUACUCCCAUCCAUCAUGAUAGUAGUCAAUAGAUAUGUACAUUCAGAUCUUACAGUCACACGGGAAUAGUCCGUCACGCUAAAGGCCCUUUUACACUUGCAAUUUUUGUUGCGAUUUUCUUCUCCUGAUGAAUGUGAACGAGUGGAUGAGUUAUGAGUAGUAACGAAAAUGGGAGACGAAAAGGCUACUUCAAAUGAAAAUGGGAGACGAAACACCCCUGUAAACGAAAAUGGGAGACGAAAAGGCUACAUCAAAGUUAUGCAUACCUAUGGAGGCACGAGAAUACGAACAGCUGGGGUUAACAAGCCAAAAUUUGAGAGACUAGAGAAAGUAAUGGGAGAUACGUCAAGGCAAAAGUAACGGCAACGGCAUAGAUGCUAUAGGCAGCUAUGGUGGAAAGCGACGAACAAGACGCGCUUACAAAUCACAUCUUCUGCAAAGCAAUGCUGGUUCGCUGACGACGCUAGUGGAGCAGGGACCGCAAUACAGCUGAAGAAAUGGUGGGAUACAUUGAUAGAAGAUGGUCCUGAAUACGGUUACCACCCCAAAGAUGACAAGUGUUGGUUGAUUACGAAACCGGAGAAAGAAGAGAUUAUAAGAGAAAUAUUUAAAGAAACAGAGAUAAAUAUCACGACAGAAGGAAAAAGGCAUUUAGGACCAGUUGUUGGUUCAAGGUCAUACCUGAACGAAUAUGUUAACGAAAGGUGGAAGAAUGGGUGAAAGAGAUAAUCAAUCUGGCUGAUUUUGCAACAACACAGCCUCAAGAAAAGCUAUACUGUUUACACUUUUGGGCUGAAGCAUCGAUGGACGUAUUUCGUUCGAACAUUGAGGCUGUGGCCUCAAGCAAGCUCUGCAGUUUACACUUUUGGGCUGAAGCAUCGAUGGACGUACUUUCUUCGAACAUUACCUGAUAUUCAAGAUCUAUUGCAACCAUUAGAAGAAGCGAUUACAAAAUUCCCCCUGCCAGCUUUGGUUGAUCACAAAUGUUCACCACUAGAGCGCGAAAUUCUAGCCUUACCUGUUAAGAAAGGUGGUAUUGGGAUAACAAAUCCAUGCAAUGAAGCAAUAUUGGAAUAUUCGGUAUCAAGAAAGGUAACAACACUAUUGGUAGAACAAAUUCAAGAGCAAAUACACGAACGUCCUGAUUCAAGAGUGGAUGAGCUGAAGCAAAUGGCACGGAAAGAGAAGAACGAUACUUUAAAUGUAAUGGCUAAAUCCAUCAUUGACUUGGCACCACCGAAGAUGAAACAAAUUAUAGAGCUUGCCUCAGAGAAAGGAGCCUGCUCCUGGUUAACAGUCGUCCCAGUAUCCGAGAUGGUCCUUAACUUAAACAAGCGGGAGUUUAGAGGUGCAUUGAAUUUGAGAUAUGAUUGGCCGUUCAAGGAUAACCCAACAAGAUGUGCAUGUGGAGAUCUUUUCAAUAUCGACCAUGCAAUGAUAUGCAAGAAAGGAGCUGGUUUCAUUAUUCAACGCCAUAACAAAUUACGAGAUCUGGAAGCUGAGCUGUUGAAUAUUGUCUGUAACGAUAUCCAAAUCGAACCAGCUCUGCAAGAAAUAAAUGGGGAAGUGCUAAACUCUGGAUCAAACAAAUCACAACAUGCCAGAUUAGAUGUUCAUGCACGUGGCGUUUGUGAAAGACAAAGAUCUGCAUUCUUUGAUGUCCGGGUAUGGCACCCAAAUGCGGAAUCUUAUAAAGAGUUAACCCCAAAGCAGAUUUAUCGUAUGCAUGAAAAUGAGAAGAAACGAAUGUAUAACCAACGAGUUACCGACAUAGAACAAGGAACAUUCGCGCCGUUAAUUUUUACAACAACUGGGUGCAGAAUGCAAGAAAUGUCACAGUCGAUUAGCAGAAUUAGUUGCCAUAAAGAAGGGAGAAAAGUAUUCAAAGACAAUGGCUUGGAUAAGAGCAAAGAUAUCAUUUUCGAUCAUUAGAUCUGCUCUCCUAUGCCUUCGAGGAUCGAGAAUAACGAGAAAGAAACAAUGUGAUGUUCAAGAAACAGACAUAGAUAUUGAGACUGAAAUUGCCAGAUUAUACUAGUAGUUAAAGAUGAUGUCCACUCCUGUGCGCAUGCGCGAACUUUGUUUACGUUUUGAACUGCUAUAUUUGUAAAAUAUGAUAUACUAACUGAAUAUCUAACACUUUUGUGGUUCGCUAUGCUUGUGAAUGAAUAUAAACUCUACGUUUUAAUUCAAAAAUAUUUGAAAGAUGCAAAAUUUAGGCAAUGUUUAUAUCUGGGGGUCGGGGUCCCCCUUUGUUAUGAGCAGAACUGAUGCGCAAAACGGAGUGGAAAUCAUCUUUAAACAUUUUAUUUAAAGGAUUGUUUGGUUUUUUUAAAAACUUAGAACAAAAUUAAUAUUAUCAGUAUAGACCAAAACAUAUAUUUCUUUUAUAUAAUGAAUUUUUAUCUUAAUUUUGUACAAUUUUAUCGAGCUUCUAGACAAUUAAAUUAUUAUAUGUUUAACUCCUGUUAUGAGUAGUCUUACAUGCACACCCAGGGACGGAAGUAAUUAGUAUGCAAGCAGUCAUAGUGAAAAAUGACGUCAUUAGGGUGUGCGCACUAAGGGGGUGUGCGCACAAUGGGUAAAUUAAAAUUACAAAAGUUUCACUUUGAAAAAAAUGAAGACAACACAGGCCUUAAAAUAUCUUUUCCAGGGCCGUCUGACAAAAUGUUCGGUGACGUUGAGUUUGGGUCGGACAUUUGUCCGAUGACCUUCAGUUCAGUUUUAGCUCGUCUGAAUGACACAAAUGAAUAAACGGUAAAUGUUGUAAAGAUAUUAAAUAAUUUGUUUCUUUCAUACUUAUUUCCAAGCCAAAAUUAACUUGCUUGCCAGAACAGCAGUAUUAAAAAAGACUUUGACAACUUAAGCCUGUUUUCCACUUCACCAUUUCGCUCGCCGCCCCGCGCUCGACUACGUUAAAACAACAUUUCCAGUUCACCUUUUAUACAAUAGUACUCUGAUUUUCCAUUUAAAAUAUAAGCCUCUUGUCCUGGGCUAGGGUACAUUUUGAUUUACGUCGGACAAAGCUACAGUUCGGUCGGACACCAAUACACUCGGGUCGGACAAACAAUAAACCUCAGUUUCAUUUAGGUCGGACAGAAUGUCCGGUGGUUUCCUUUCUACGUCGGACAAUUUCACGAAUGGGUCGGACAAUGUCCGUGACCGACCGAUAUUUUAAGGCCUGCAACAGAUAAAAAACACCGUGAAGUCUUGCGAUUCAGAGAAUUAACGAAAUUCGAAAAAAUAAUUCUAGAGCAUUCUCUCGUCACGCCUCAAGUUAUACCUGAACUACCUCAAAACAAUCCUCCUCAAAGCAACGUCUCCUCUCAAGUCGUCUUUGGACCGCUUCAGAACAACCCCGCUCAAAACAAUCCUUAUCAAAGGAAUUCACGAUCUUUUAUGUUUACUUCCGCUUUUCUAGUUGAUGUUUCCACCCUUGAAAAGUAUUCUUGCCCAUGCUUUCACUUUACAUCACGCGUAUGCACGAACAGCGCGCUGUACAUAAAGUUUACCGACGUACGCACACCCCUUAGUGCGCACACCCUAAUGACGUCAUUUUUCACUCUGACUUCUUGCAUACUAAUUACUUCCGUCCCUGAUUGUGUAUGUGAGACUACUGUUAUGAUUGUUUAGAUGAGGAUACGUAUACUCAGAACAUUUUAAAUAGCUGAUCCACUCGUUUACAUACAUCAGAAGAAGAAAAUCGCACUAGCAAUGCAGCAAAAAUUGCAAGUGCAGGCCUUUAAGAAAUCGCGCCACAUUGGAUGGCAAAAAUAAUCAUAAGCGCUAUGGAGAAUCAAGCAAUUACGUCAAACUAAUUUAUUGUGACGUCACUUGCAAGGCUGAAUAUGGUCUGUAAAAUUGGCCAAAGUCUUUGUUCUGUCAUUUUGUUGUGCAAACCUCAUUGUGGACGGUGAAGACUAUAUUUUGCGUAAUGAGACGAUCAUUGUCAUAUCAUACAUCUGCAUGGUCGAAUCACUGUGAAAUAUUGUGACGAAAUAUAUGUGAUGAAAUAUUAAUGAUUUGUACAUGCAUUUACACUUCUGGGAUUCAUUGGGCCGGGUCAGGUUUUGCCAAACGAACGUGUUUAGCUUAUUAUAUAGACACUUUGGAUUUAUUGAGUUGCCAGACUAUAUCAACGUCUCAGUUAUAUGCUCCGUCGGGCUUACUUCGCGGAUAUGCUGUAGGUUUAUACUUGCAUACAACAACCAAAGAGGGCUGAUGUGCGAGGGCUUAUAUUCGAUGGCUUGUAUAUCUGUUAUUAUCUUUCAGGUUUAAUAAGCUGGUACAAGUCGUACGUUCAAGUUUAAAGGCAUUGCUUAAAGCAAUAAAGGUAUUUUUAAAAUUGUGUCAAAACCCCCACAACAAUAAUGGAAUUGGAGUCGUAAUUACGUAUUGUAUAUUGUGUCGAUUUUCGUUCAAAUACGCACUUCAGUUCUUCAAAAAACGGUGUUUCUACACCGAGAAGAAGAUUUUUAUUUUUAUUACCAAAGACAAAAAUAGUAAGAAAAGAAUACAAAAUAAAUAUAACAGAUUAGGUAAACAGCCAACUAAAGUAGUCACAGAGAACUAGCCUAGUUAGUUGGCUGGCUGGCUAGGAUAGUAACAAUUAAAUAAAUGACUGAUAUAAAGAGAUCGAACUAAGAUACAAUAUAAAUUAAAGAAAAAAGAAACCUACAUUAUUAAACUACACGAUGUUUGAACGUAAAUUUACGGCUUAGUCAAAUAAAAAACUUGUCUGAAGAUAACAAAAACGUGCAAGGGUCCGAAUGUCGAUAUUUAUUAGAUAUUGAAUUUCAAUGCUUAUUUUAAUGAUUUCAAGUAAAAACGAUGAUCAGAAAAUGCUUUUAAAUUAGCUUCAAAAACUCAUUAAUAAUUCAUGAGCAAAACACAAAGAAAAAUCAUGCAUAGGCGUGUCGUAUCUUUAUAUGUGAUGGAGAUUUCCCUUGAUUUACAUAAACUUUAACUUUGAUUUUCUCGACUUCACAACGUAUUUUUUGAAAAUUACUUCGAUAAUGAACUUACUAGAUCGAUCGUUUUUGAAGUAAUUUAAAACAUUCACAGUGCGUAUUUUAUCAGACCUAAAGAUACUUGGCUUCACCUCGUAUCUUUAUAUCUGAUAAAACACUGCUGCUCAUCUUAUAAGUACUAGUUAAAACAUGAGCAGCCGGUCUUUAUAGUCGAUCUCAUAUCAGAUAAAGAUCGGAUGCGAAUGUUUUAACGUGCUUAAAAAACGACCCAUCUUAUGAGUUCAUUGGCGAAGGAGUUUUAAAAAUAAACAUUGUUUAAGCCGAGAAAAUCAAAGCUGAAGUUUAUGUAGCCUAAAUUAGGACAAAUCUUUAUCCGAUUUACAAACAUUGCAUGAUUAAACAUUAAUUUCUUUUGUAUUUUCCUCAUGAAUUAUUAUUGAGCUUUUUAAAUAGUACUUAAAAUAUCUUAAGAACGGUACCUACCGGUGUUAAAUAGUGGUGAACAGGCAGAACUUGUAUGUAUGUUUUAGAAUUUUAGAACAUGAUUUGUAUAUAUAUAUAUAUAUAUAUAUAUAUAUAUAUAUAUAUAUAUAUAUAUAUAUAUAUAUAUAUAUAUAUAUAUAUAUAUAUAUAUAUAUAUAUAUAUAUAUAUAUAUAUAUAUAUAUAUAUAUAUGCAUGGGGCCAUAUAAAGGUGCCAUUCGUUCACGAGUAAUCUUUGUUCCUUAUAUACAUGUUAUGUUUUAUAUAGGGUUUGGUCGUUAUGUCAUCUGAGCUAGAAGGUGUUUUCGGGAGCAUGUUAGUAGGAAAGGUAAGGAAAUGACCAUUAAAAUAUGCAUCAUCGUGUUUUCCAUUUAUUCCAAGAAUUUUUACCAGCAGAUAAUUUCGAUUUACUUAAGGAAGAACAUUCUCCAAAAAGUAUCUCUCGCAAACUCAAACUCGAUACAGUUUUCGUCAUUGUCAAACAUAAUGUAUAAUAGUUAAUCAUGCAGUAUCAGCUUUUAACAACUCAUGUCUUUUGUUUACAAGAUAAGACUAAUAUUCGGGCCUAUGACACGUUUCUAGAAUUAUUUCUUAAAUGUUCAGGUAUGAAAAUAACCCAGUACAUUGUAGGUUUCUGUAGGAUUUCGAAGAUUUCGCGAAAAUAAUAGUGACUGCAUGGAAGAUUUUAGAAACCAACGCCUAUAUAUUACCGCUGAUUCAAUAUUGGUGACCAUGUUGGUUAAAGAGUAUAUAUAUCAUGCUGCAGGCCGGGUUAAUAAUACAUCACCAACGCGAUUGUUUAUCGCUUUCUACAAUCACUUUCUUUAUAAUGUUAGGUGCAGGAUGUUGUAGAUUACAUUUAUUUUCGAUGACUUCCAACUUACAACAAUUUUCUUUAACGUUUUUAACAAUUUCUCUUCCCUUUCUGGAAUUAAUCUAAUCUUAAAAUCUUCAUGCAUCUAUACAUUAGUUUAACAUUUUGCAGAGUCAUCUUAUCAUAUAUUAACUAACGCACAAAUAACUCCGUCUGAAUUAAAUAUCCAGUAUAUUAGAGUAUAAAACCAAGGUAUAUAACAUUUAAAAUUUUCUUUCAGGUCCCAGCUAUGUGGGCGGCAAAGUCAUACCCUUCACUAAAACCUCUCGGAAGUUACAUUAAUGAUCUUAUUCAAAGAAUAGAUUUUUUUCGGGUACGCGUCUUAGGUUUUAAAAUUACUGUGUAUUCAGUUUCGUUUAUAAAAUUAUUUGUUUAGCCUGUUUGGAAUAGUGUAGAUGGUUAUUGGAUCAUUAAUAAACACUAGCUUAAUUUAGAAACUUUAGAAAAUCUUUAUUAAAACAAUGUUUUGAAAAGUAGCUUUUCUUUGAAAGAAAUUCAAUUUGGUCGUGAUCGAUUCAAUUUGGUCGUGAUUUAUCGAGUUAUUCAAAACAACGCGGUAACUCCAAAAAGUUAAUGUAGUUCUAGCACACAAUGUUUUAGUCAUCAUCAGGGAUAAUGCUAGGUUACAUUACAACGAUAUUCAUAUAUAGGUGAAGAUUAAUUAAAGUAAUUUGAUGUAUACAAACAUAUAGAAGAGAUUAUAUUUAUAAAAGAAGAAUUAGUUAAAUAUUAUGAGGUCUUUUGACGCCUUAGUUUCGUGAUUGAGUUCAGGUUUAAAACGCCAAAUGGCCAGUGAUUGUUUAAAAAGCGAUAAGGAUCAAUGAUCAGAUCUGGUCUAUAAUUUAUUAAAUAUAAAUUCUGGUAGUAUACAAGUUGGAGUUUAGUUAGUUUCAUGCAACGUCGGGAUAUAGUUCUAAAAUAGAUUUGAUGUGUUGAAAAUAUUCGCAUGAUGUGAUGUGAUUAAAUAUUUCAGAUUUUGAUAUUUUUUGUGUGUGUUUUGAUGUUAUGUACUCUUGUGAAUAUAAUGUUUUUUUAUGUUACUGUGAGUGUAUAUCCACACCGGGCGGACUGAAAAGUUAGCCUGACCACGGUGGGAAUCGAACCCGCGACUUUUGGGAUACUAGUCCAAUGCUCUGCCAACUGAGCUACAAGACCAAGUCUGUUCGAGUGUUUGGUAUUUCGGAAAUAAACAUUUCAUCAAACACACACAAAAAAUAUCAUGAUCAUAGAACACAUUGGUAUCGAAAGUACUAGACUUAGUUCCGAAAUACCAAACACUCGAACAGACUUGGCGUCGUAGCUUAGUUGGCAGAGCAUUGGACUUCGAUUCCCACCGUGGUCAGGCUAACUUUUCAGCCUGCUCGGUGUGGAUAUACACUCAGAGUAAGAUCAAAAAUAAUUAUUUUAGAUUUAUUGUCCAGUGAGUGUACGUUCUUUGAUUCUAGUGUAGCAGCAGCGAUCUGUUUUACCGAUCAACUUUUACAUCCAGGACAAGUGAAUUCGUAUACCACAUGCCGAGCUUUGAUAUUUAGUAGGUGUUUUAUCUUUGCAUGAAAGGAACGAGUUGCUGUUAGUAGGUUUCCAGUUAAUGUUGAACUUGGAUUUUAAUUUUAGCAGAGGGAUUAUUCUACGUAUGAAAAGCGAGUCUGAUAAUGCGGCUGCCAGUACUUUAUAAGCUGAUGUCUUCCCGCCAAGUGGAUCACCGACAAUCAUAAAACCAUGACGUACCAACAUCAUUUCAUGUAUCUAUACAUUGGAAUGAGUAGGAAGAUAAGAUUAUAUAUAUAUAUAUAUAUAUAUAUAUAUAUAUAUAUAUAUAUAUAUAUAUAUAUAUAUAUAUAUAUAUAUAUAUAUAUAUAUAUAUAUAUAUUUAUAUCUUAAAAUUAAUUUAGAUAAAAUAUAAAUAUAUCUUGCUCUACUAUAAUACUAGUGUUGAGCACUUUAUUAUCUACUACAACAAAACAAGUUAUAUAUAUAUAUAUAUAUAUAUAUAUAUAUAUAUAUAUAUAUAUAUAUAUAUAUAUAUAUAUAUAUAUAUAUAUAUAUAUAUAUAUAUAUAUAUAUAUAUAUAUAUAUAUAUAUAUAUAUAUAUAUAGGUGGCAUUAUAGGUAAAGGUAGCCAAAUUUUAGAGACGCUGCAUGUUAGUUGAAUCAAUAUCUGGGUUAUCAUUUUCAACACAUCAAAUCUAUUUUAGAACUAUAUCCUGACGAUGAAACGAACUAAACUCCAACUUGUAUACUACCAGAAUUUAUAUUUAAUAACUCGAAGAUUAUGGACAGAUCUGAUCAUUGCAUGGUCCUUAUUGCUUUUUAAAGAAUCACUUGCCAUUCGACGUUUUAAAACCUAAACUUGAUUGUUUUAAAAAAUUGUUUUAAAAAGUAAACUUUUUUGAAACUUAAUGUUAUUGGGCCUAUUAUAUUCGUUCAAUUUUCAAAUUUUAAAAUCACAGAUAGGCCUACAAUUUACGCAUGCGUGAAAUUUAUCACGCGAGGCGCACGUGUAUAUCUAUUGUUGGUAUACUUUCGACGAUUGCGUGAUUUUCGCGUGGGUUAUACAUGGUAAGGUUGUAUUACUUACAUGAUUUCGUAUUAUCGCAUUAUUUUAGGCAUGGUUUGACAAUGGACCUCCCAGAGUAUUCUGGCUCUCUGGAUUUUAUUUCACACAAUCAUUUCUAACUGGUACGUUGUCUUCAAUUUCAAAUCGUUGUUUGCAUACUACUUUACAAUAACGAACAGAAAAUUUACAUGCACUGAAUCAGCGACAAACCUACGUGUGUUCUAGCCUAACUAGCGUUAAUUUCGUUUUUUCUUGAGCACCAAAGCAUGCAGGUACAAUUAUACCUUCCGUUGAAGUAAAAACUAUAUAUACAGAGCAUAUUUUUGUAGGUGUAACUCAGAAUUAUGCACGUAAAUACAAAAUAUCGAUUGAUCGCCUGGGAUUUGAAUUCAAAGUAAUGAAGGAUGAUCUCAAAGUAAUGACUAAACAUGUAAGUAUAUAUAUACAUACAUUAUAUAAAAUACUAAACAUGUAAGUGAUGGUUAUAACUAGUGAUGUACAUAUACAUGGGAGAUCUUCGUAUGUCUACAUUGGAACGAUGCUUUAGAUUACUGUUUCUGUAAACACACUAUUUCUGUAAACUUCUGUAUUUUCUGGGUUUUAUUAUAAUAAAAGUAAAUUUAUUGCAUCCUUGUAGGAAAAUGGUGUGUACAUAAGAGGAUUAUUUAUGGAAGGUGCAAGAUGGGAUCAUGAUAAUAUGGUAAGUAUAUAAUAUUUAAUUGCUUUCCCUUUUAACUUCCACGUUUGCCUGUCAAUAAUGUUAUAAUUUAUCUGAAAAUCAGCUUAAAUUACGUAGAAAUUUACCUGAAAUCGCUCAAGAACAACUAUGGGGGGGGGGGAGUUGCAACCCACUACACCUCACUACAGGGUGUAUAAAAAAAACUGAACAAAUUUGAAUCUAAUCCAGUAUCUAGUUUUUUAUGUAUAUAGCUUCUUUGGGUAUGGCUUGCACACGAAAUUUAAAUAAAGCUUUAAUCGUAUUUUGAGUUAAUGGAUGGAAAACUUGUUGGGUUUUUAAUUACUGUACAAAAUUUCAGACCAUUUGCUCUAGUUUAAGCCCUUUAACUAUCCAUUUUUCCCUAAAAAAUCAGCCUGGUUUACAAAAUUUGUGUUCGAGAAAUUUUUUUCAUUAUUCUACAUUAUAAGUACCCAAAGAAGCCAUAUAUAUAAAAAAACUGGAUACUGUUUGAAGACUUUUUUUAUACACCCUGUAUACACCUGGUCAACGAAUAUAGUCCCCAUGCAAUGGCUAACUAUAGAGUGCACAACUAAUUAAUUUAUUUAUUUCAGAUCAUAGGAGAAUCUUUGCCAAAAGUGCUUUAUGACACAGUUCCUACUGUAUCCUUCACAAUUGUAAUUUAAUUUAUUUUCGCUGCAUAAGAAAUGUCACUUUGCGUAUGUUUUUACUCCACGGCUGCUUCCAUGAAAUUUUUUCUAAUAAGCUGUUAAAUUUUAAAAUUUCGCUCCAUUCAUGAAAAUGCGUCAUAGUUUUUUGAGAUCAUGCAGUGAUGAUGACAACCAAUGCAACAUAGCCACAAAUUACAAUUGGAUCCGCAUUGCCUUCCAUAAAUUACGUCAGGAGAAGUUAUUUAGUAGCUACUCUUUUACGUCCCAUUGUCCAGGAGAUAACUUAAUAUAAUAAUUUUAAUAACUUCACACCGCGAUGUAUCAAGUGGUUUAUUAUUUUCCACGGGAUAUAAAAAUUUCUAGUAUGGUCAAUCCAUGUUCAGCAGGCAUCGAUGCAUGGUCUCGAUGCUGUCGAAGGUCACAAAGAUGAUACUAUAUAAUCGUUAGUCGUUAUAACUACAUAUCAGUAAAAGAAUACUCUCACUUUGAUAACAAUUUUUGCUAUAUUCAUUCUGACAUAUUUGCUUAACUAAAUCCAAGAUAUGCCUCGUUCCUGGAGUUAAAUCUAGUUCGAAAAGAAAUGACAGUUACGAUUGUCCAGGUAUAAGUUUUCCAGGUUUCCAUAUACAGUAUACAUUUUGUACAAUAGUCAGGAAACGUUAUAUGCAUGCAGCGAAUGGUUAUAGUCAUCUUUAGAACUGUUAGUAUAUUUACUCUCAUUUCAUUUGAUUUGCAUCUAAACAAGACUCGGUCAUGAUAAAGUAAAUUUAUAUAUAACAAUAUUUUAAAAUCUCAAUAAUUCACGAGGAAAAUACAAAAGAAAUGAAUGUUUAAUCAAUGACCGAUGUUUGUAAAUCGGAUAAUGACUUAUCCUGAUUUACAUAAACUUCAUGCAGCUUUGAUUUCCUCGGGUUAGACAAUGUUUAUUUUUACAAUUACUUCGCCAAUGAACUCGUAAGAUGGGUCGUUUUUAGUGUGAAGUUUCACUUCACACUAUUGUGAUGGCUGGCGAAUUCACACGAAUCAGUCAGUCAGUCAAACAGUCAGUCAGUCAGUCAGUCAUAGAGUAAACUUUCCGGGGGGUGUAUACGAUUUAUGUUCGUAGUGAUUUAUUGUACUUAGUCAGUACUUUGAAGGUUAUUUAGGCAAUUUCAGUUAACUUAUUUACAUAUUCUGUUUUCCUUUUGCCAAGUUCACAAAAAUUUCGAGGAAUCGCUUUCGUUAUUGUAAUUUUUUGUAAAUUUUAGAACAUUCGCUUCUCAUGUUGUGUAAAGGAUCUUUACCCAGGAACACCCGAUUUUUUCUUUAGUAGCGCAAAUGCGCAUGCGCUAUCAAGCCGUAGAUCACGAUGGCGUGACGAUUUGCUAGGAAGGGGUGACAGUGUUGUUUUCAGAUGUAUAAUGAUUUCAGACGUGAAUAUUGAGUAAAUCUUUGAAAAUCUACGCAAUAGAUAAAUUGAUCUUACGCAUUACGGGCGUUCAAUUAAGUGCCGAUAAUAUAUAGACGGUAUAUUCAUUAUACAGAGCUAGGAAGGAGCUAGACCGCCUAGACAGUGCAGUCAAGUGUGUAAACAUUUCAGACGUAAAUAUUGAGUCGAAUAUCUUGAUUCUAGGCAUUAAUUUUAGUGCCGAUAUUAUUUUCACGGUAUUCUCAUUAUACAGAGGUACAGUACGUAGGCAGAAGCGAGACAGUAUUGUUUUCAAGUAUAUAAACAUUUCAGACGUGAAUAUUGAGUAAAUCUUUGAAAAUCUACACAAUAUAUAAAUUGAUCUUAUGCAUUACGGGCGUUCAAUUUAAUAAGUGCCGAUAAUAUUUAGACGGUAUAUUCAUUAUACAGAGCUAGGAAGGAGCUAGACCGCCUAGACAGUGCAGUUAAGUGUAUAAACAUUUCAGACGUAAAUAUUGAGUCGAAAAUCUUGAUUCUAGGCAUUCAAUUGAGUGCCGAUAUUAUUUUCACGGCAUACUCAUUAUACAGAGAUACAGUACGUGCAGGCAGAAGCGAGACAGUGUUGUUUUCAAGUAUAUAAACAUUUCAGACAUGAAUAUUGAGAAAAUCUUUGAGAUUCUACGCAAUAAUAGUAAUACAAUAUAUAAAUUGAUGUUAUGCAUUACCGUCGAUAUUAUUUAGACCGUGUAUUCAUUAUACAUUGUCAUUGACUGUAUAAGGUGCUACAUCACAGAAUAGAUGGCAAUACUCAGUACAAAGAACGAAAAAUUGCAUCAGAUCAAUAAAGCAUACAAACUCGUGUUCAGUGCAACGAUAACUCUACCAGAUCUUACGAGAAUCAAUCUGUAGUAUUCUGUACACAGAACUGUAUCAAAGCUUGUCAAAAAUGCUUUAAACACUGCUAUAACUGUGAAACUAUUGAAAUCUAAUGUGAUAUUUAUAUUCAACACAUGCGAAUAGCUGAAAAUAGACACACGUCACACUGGGAAAAGUCAAAGGUCAAUGAAACUUGUUAUUGUGAAACAUGUCACAUUAAGUUAAAAUGCGGAAGCGGAUGGAGCGGAUCCACGGAACGGAUAUGUGGAUAAAAUACGGAACGGAUGAGGAUAAAAUGCGUCUUAAUGAUGUAACGACGUAGUGCUCAUUAUUCAUAACAUAUCUUAUACAGCUAUUUCAGUUAUAGUUUAUUAGAUAAAUUUAGCAUAGCAGUAGCCUCGUGGGGAUGCUUUUAGCGACAGCUGCAAAUGCAAAUGAAAAUUUAGAAUAUGCAAAAUUUGGUUGUUGGUGACACAAUAAAUAGAUGAAUUGCAUGCUCAGUUUCACAAGGCACGUUUCUGAUGUGUUAGGCUUGCUUCAAACGUCACGCUACUCGUGUGCAAUAAAGCAAUAAAUAAUGAGAUGAAAUGCCUUUGGUAACUGUUUAUUUCGUAGUGUAAGCCAUCAAGCUUUUCUAGGUUGUCGGCGACCCUAUAUAGUUCUUGCAGUGUCUUUUUAAAUUUGAAACUUCACACUAUCCUUGGAUCCCUAGUUUAAGUAUGUUAUUUCGGCUCAGUUUGUAUAUCAGAUAAAGAUUGGCUGCUCAUGUUUUAACUAGUACAUAAAUUAUAGUUAAUGACACAACACGCAAAUCGGAUUUAGAUUUAAACUAACUUGAUGCUUGCAUGUCGGAAACCACACAAUUGGGCAAUAAUUAAUCGGUCAAAGUUUGAGUAUUUUACGCACGUGCAAAAAGAACGAAGCAGUACACACGUACUAGAAAAUAUAUGCAUGCAGAAACCCCUCGCCUUGCUGACAAAACCAUUGUAUUUUCCGAACAUGAAGUAUUUACAGUAGUUGUCAUGGUAACACGAUAAUUUUUUAAGAAUAUUUUUCCAAAAUGAAAAAUCUCCGAAAAUCUCGGGGAAAAACGCACAAUUUGUAACAAAGCUGCAGCAGACUUGUAGUAAUGCUGUUCCAACAAUUUGUCAACAGGAUGUGUUCGCACUGCUUGUUCCCAGUGUCAACGGCUUGUCGACAACUCGCUACAAGGUUGUUGAGCUCAACAAACUUGUUACAAGUUGUUGCAACAACUUGUUAUUUUCCUGCAAUUCAACAAUUUGUCAAGAAGUGUGAUUGACAACCUUGUAGCAACUUGAUAAAAUAACAGCAUUGUUACAACUUGUUGACAAGCUUGCUACAAGCCUGUUGCGAACACUUCUUGUUCACAAGUUGUGAGAUUUUUACGUGUGUAACAGACAUGAUCAUAUGUCAACAGCGAACAUGCAAGGAAAAGGUCAAGAGACUCGAGACAAAAGGGCCUUCACUCUUACAAAUUCCCAAGGGGGAAAAGAUAUAAACCUGGCGAAAAGAAAAUUCCACCCACCCGUUCAUUCCCGUUCAUAUUACACGUUGUGAGUGACUAGUCUGGUGAACUAUACAUUAUGUAUUAACAACAACAGUACGCGAGGACUAUCGAAGAAGGACAAACAAAUUAAAUGAACCUAUAGUAUUAUAAAUUGAAAUUGUCGUGAUGUAAAUACCUGAACAGAUUUGGUUAAAAUAAAUUUUGGUUCGGGGUUGAGUGUUUCCAUGCAAUGGUCAACUUCAGGUCCAUAGACUCAGCUUGUUUAUUGUAAAUAUAAUCAGUCGAAUCUAGGAACUGGCCAAAAGGGAUUAUCACCCUUUGGUUCAGGUUAAUGUUGGAGGGGAUCAGUAUCACCCAUCUGCAUGGCAUGGCCCUACUCGGGGAUUAUCACCCUAGAGCAUUCAGUCUCUCCUGCAUAUAUAUACGCCCACAGGAUGAAAACAUAAGGCUAUAAUGAGUCUUUGGGUUGACCAGUGUUUGAGAGUAUAUAUAAUGGUUCACUUCACCCUGAUCCCAUUCUCCGACAAUAAUUUGGCGUGUGUUCAGUUUAUUUUCCAGCUGCUUUUCACUUGGUGCGGGCUUGGAUCAUUAACUGAAGUUCAACCAAUAUUUGUUGCCGAGAAGUGCAUAAUUAUUAUGUAGUAAAACCUAUGCACCCAUAAUAUAUAUUGCCAACCAGUGGUCAUAACAUUCUAUUUCCACUCAUCGUUCAGAAACUUUGAGAACUGGUAUUAUUAUUAUUAUUAUUAUAUAUAUAUAUAUAUAUAUAUAUAUAUAUAUAUAUAUAUAUAUAUAUAUAUAUAUAUAUAUAUAUAUAUAUAUAUAUAUAUAUAUAUAUAUAUAUAUAUAUAUAUAUAUAUACAUAUGCGAUAUGAUACUAAAUGUUCGGAAAUAAGUGUAUGUAGAACAUAAUGACUUCAGCUGAUUUCAUUCUUUUCCGUUUUUAAGUAUACAAGACAAGUGCUCGCCGUGGUGUCCUUUCAACGACAGGUCACUCAACCAAUUAUGUUCUUACCAUACAGUUACCGUCUGACCAACCACCAGAUCAUUGGAUUAUACGUGGUGUAGCUAUGCUAUGUCAGCUGAAUGAUUAAUGAAUGAUAUAAUCUUAACAUAUGAUUAACACUGCAAGUCCUCUAUUAAAGUCCCCUUUCAAGGAUGGGCAUUAUUUAUUCCUUCUCUCGUAGUUUACUGAUUAUAUUGGCAGAUAUAAAUAAUCCCUCGAGGGAUUAAAGGAGGAUUUAUACCGUCCGUUGAAUGCACCCUAAAUUAGAUCACAAAUACUUCCUUGGCCUUGGAGCCUUGCUCUCUUAAAUUAUGACUAGGAUCAUGACCAAAGGCCAACCGCUCACGAUUCAUGAGAACGAUGCUUGUGGGCCAAGGAGGGAUUUGAGUCGUACAUAAAUUAUCGAAAGGGUGUAUUCUAAAACAAGCAAUACUCUAGUCUCCAGCCUGUGUCUGAAGUAAUUAAGACAAGAAGACGAAGAAGUAAGGUCUGUGACACAGACUAUCAAGAUUCAUUCAUGUGUAUAUCAAAAAAUGAUGAAAAUGAAUAUUUAUAAUUACUGCAUGUAAGUGUUAAUUUAAAUUUAAUUUUCUUGUAUAUUUACCACCAACUGCAUGCAUGCAUACAUAUAUGGAUCUCACAUGUUACAAAUGAAUGUAAUUUUUUGUGUAAAAACACUUGAUG